ACCACUUUACCCUCUGGAACUUCCUUUGUUUGGGUGUUGUGUAACUGCAAACCCAGUACCACUCUUUCUCUCUCUAAAAAAAGAACUCUCUCUCUCGCUAAAAACAACUUCGUUAGCUCUCAUCCAUCCAUGGAGGUCACGUCCUACUUCUCACAUAACUGAAAACUGACGGAUACUAAAUUUUUAUUUGUGUUUUUAUAGAAAGAUAAACGUUUAGACAGAGAAUAUCCAUUUUGAGUGUUGCUCACCUAAAUCUGUUUUGGCAGAGAUGGGAGAGAAAGCUGAGGUUUUGGAAGCUGUUCUCAAGGAAGCUGUUGAUUUGGAAAACAUACCCAUUGAAGAGGUUUUCGAGAAUCUGAGAUGUACCAAAGAGGGUCUCACCAGCGAUGCUGCCCAAGAGAGGUUGGGCAUUUUUGGGCACAACAAACUCGAAGAGAAAAAGGAAAGCAAAGUUUUGAAGUUUCUGGGGUUUAUGUGGAACCCAUUAUCAUGGGUCAUGGAAGCUGCAGCGAUCAUGGCCAUUGCCCUUGCAAAUGGAGGAGGGAAACCUCCCGAUUGGCAAGACUUCGUUGGAAUCAUAACCCUUCUUAUCAUUAACUCCACUAUCAGUUUCAUUGAGGAGAACAACGCUGGUAAUGCAGCAGCUGCUCUCAUGGCUCGCCUCGCUCCCAAAGCUAAGGUCCUUAGAGAUGGUCGAUGGAGUGAGGAAGAUGCAUCUGUUCUUGUUCCUGGGGACAUUAUCAGUGUCAAACUUGGGGACAUCAUCCCUGCUGAUGCCCGCCUUUUGGAAGGAGAUCCAUUGAAAAUUGACCAGUCUGCUCUCACUGGAGAGUCCCUUCCUGUAACGAAAGGGCCCGGAGAUGGUGUUUAUUCGGGUUCCACCUGCAAGCAAGGUGAGAUUGAAGCAGUUGUGAUUGCAACUGGAGUUCACACGUUUUUUGGCAAGGCCGCCCAUCUUGUUGAUUCUACAAAUCAAGUUGGUCACUUCCAAAAAGUUUUGACAGCAAUUGGGAACUUCUGUAUAUGUUCAAUUGCAGUGGGUAUGAUCAUAGAAAUAAUUGUUAUGUAUCCCGUUCAACAUCGUGAAUAUCGUCCAGGAAUCGACAAUCUUUUGGUCUUACUCAUUGGAGGCAUACCAAUUGCCAUGCCCACUGUUCUCUCUGUGACAAUGGCCAUUGGGUCUCACCGUCUGGCUCAGCAGGGGGCUAUCACUAAGAGGAUGACUGCAAUUGAGGAAAUGGCUGGAAUGGAUGUUCUGUGUAGUGACAAGACUGGGACAUUAACUCUGAACAAGCUCACUGUUGACAGGAAUCUAGUUGAGGUUUUUGCAAAGGGGGUGGAUAAAGAAACGGUAAUUCUAAUGGCUGCCAGAGCCUCCAGAACUGAAAACCAAGAUGCUAUUGACGCUGCUAUUGUUGGAACCCUUGCUGAUCCAAAGGAGGCACGGGCUGGAAUCCAAGAGGUUCAUUUCCUUCCAUUUAACCCGACGGACAAAAGAACAGCUUUAACCUAUAUUGAUGGCGAUGGUAAAAUGCACCGUGUGAGCAAAGGUGCACCUGAGCAGAUUCUUAAUCUGGCACACAACAAAUCUGAAAUUGAGCGUAGAGUUCAUGCGGUGAUUGACAAGUUUGCUGAACGUGGGCUUCGGUCUCUUGCAGUAGCAUACCAGGAGGUUCCUGAUGGCAGGAAAGAGAGUGCAGGAGGUCCAUGGCAAUUCAUUGGUCUCAUGCCUCUCUUUGACCCUCCUAGACAUGAUAGUGCUGAAACAAUCAGGAGGGCACUUAACCUUGGUGUCAGUGUUAAAAUGAUCACAGGGGAUCAAUUAGCAAUAGGCAAGGAGACUGGCCGCCGUUUGGGAAUGGGCACAAACAUGUAUCCCUCAUCUGCUCUGCUGGGUCAGAACAAGGAUGAGUCUAUUGCUGCUUUGCCUGUAGAUGAGCUUAUAGAGAAGGCUGAUGGUUUUGCUGGUGUUUUCCCUGAGCACAAAUAUGAGAUCGUUAAAAGGUUGCAGGCAAGGAAACACAUUUGUGGAAUGACGGGUGAUGGUGUAAAUGAUGCCCCUGCCCUUAAGAAAGCGGAUAUUGGUAUUGCUGUUGCAGAUGCAACUGAUGCAGCUCGGAGUGCUUCUGAUAUUGUUCUAACAGAACCUGGCUUGAGUGUUAUCAUUAGUGCUGUGCUCACUAGUCGGGCAAUUUUCCAGAGGAUGAAAAACUAUACUAUCUAUGCAGUCUCUAUAACCAUUCGUAUAGUGCUUGGCUUCAUGCUCCUUGCACUCAUAUGGCAGUUUGACUUCCCACCUUUCAUGGUUCUUAUUAUCGCAAUCUUAAAUGAUGGUACCAUAAUGACAAUUUCAAAGGACAGGGUUAAGCCAUCCCCCCUCCCUGACAGCUGGAAGCUGGCGGAAAUAUUUGCUACAGGCAUCAUUCUUGGGAGUUACUUGGCUAUGAUGACAGUGAUCUUCUUCUGGGCAGCUUACAAGACUGAUUUCUUCCCGCGUAUAUUCCAUGUCUCAAGCCUCCAAGAUACCGCACGGGAUGACUUCAAAAAGCUCGCCUCUGCAGUGUAUCUACAAGUGAGCACCAUUAGCCAGGCUCUCAUCUUCGUGACUAGGUCUCGAAGUUGGUCCUUUGUUGAACGGCCUGGACUCUUGCUUGUCACAGCAUUCAUCAUCGCCCAGCUGAUUGCUACCUUGAUUGCAGUAUAUGCAAACUGGGGGUUUGCUGCUAUUGAAGGCAUUGGUUGGGGUUGGGCUGGGGUGGUUUGGCUUUACAACAUCAUCACCUAUUUCCCACUUGACAUCAUCAAAUUCAUAACCCGCUAUGCUCUCAGUGGAAAGGCCUGGGAUCUUGUUAUGGAGCAAAGGAUUGCCUUCACAAGGCAAAAGGACUUCGGGAAAGAAGCAAGGGAACUCAAGUGGGCACAUGCUCAAAGGACUUUGCAUGGUCUCCACCCACCAGAAACCAAGAUGUUCAGUGAGAGAACGAGCUAUACAGACCUUAAUCAGAUGGCCGAAGAGGCAAAACGACGAGCCGAGAUUGCAAGGCUGAGAGAAUUCACAACUCUUAAAGGGCACGUGGAAUCUGUGGUGAGGUUGAAGGGCCUGGACAUCGACACCAUCCAGCAAGCUUACACAGUCUGAGCGAAAAAAAGGGGGAAACAAAAGCCCACUACUUAUUACAGUUUCACCAUGAAAACAGGACCCAUCACUUCCUUAAGAUAGAUGAUGGUUUUUCUCUACUGUUACGUGAUCCAUAUGGUAUAUAUACAUACCCAUAUCUUACUGUUUCUGUUAUUUUUAUGUAAGUAACCGUGGAUGCUCCAAUAUUAAAAGCUUAUCGUCUCCUUUCUGUGGUUAGUUCUCCCUUUCUCAGUGGACCCCAUGAAAGCAGGACAGAGGCAUAUGCUUGUCAUUUUUUUUUUUUUGCCUCUUGUGGUCUUCUCUCUAUCUUUAUUUUGAAGUUGAGGUCCUUGUUUUUAUCUGAUGCCUUAUUUUAUUGGUUGGA